AUGCCCGGCCCAGCAAGGCCUCCCUCUACCCUGCCGACCACGAGGAGGUCAGGUUUGCGACAACCAGUGCGUCGUGCGGGCUCAGCGGUUCCAGAGCGCCAUGCCUCGCCCGCAUUGACUACGCCCUCGGUGCGAUCGUCUACGAUGAGCACGGCACGCGCACCACCCAGAAGCCCGGAGAAACCGAACGCUGCGACAAAACGCAAAGAGAAGGAUUACGAACGUGGUGUCAACGAAGAUACAAGCAUCCAUGUGGUGGUGCGCUGUCGCGGGCGCAGCGAUCGCGAAAUCAAGGAAAACAAUGGUGUCGUCUUAUCAACCCCAGAAGGCGUCAAGGGCAAGACUCUCGACCUUUCGAUGGGCCCGAACGCUGUCUCGAACAAAACAUACGCUUUCGAUAAAGUCUUCUCCCCGGCGGCCGAUCAAAUCACCGUGUUCGAGGAUGUGGUAACACCCACAGUGGACGAGAUGCUAGCAGGUUAUAAUUGUACAAUUUUCGCAUACGGACAAACCGGAACGGGAAAGACAUACACCAUGUCAGGAGACAUGACCGAUACGCUGGGAAUUUUAUCCGAUGACGCAGGAAUUAUUCCACGGACGCUCUACUCUCUCUUCCAGAAGCUCGAAGGCACCGAAAGCACAGUAAAGUGCUCGUUCAUCGAACUCUACAACGAAGAACUUCGCGAUCUUUUAUCCUAUGACGACAGUACGAAAUUGAAAAUUUAUGAGAACGAGAAGAAAGGAGGACACAGCACAAUGGUUCAAGGCAUGGAAGAGACGUACAUCGAUUCUGCCUCAACAGGAAUCAGGCUACUUCAAACAGGCAGUCACAAACGACAGGUGGCUGCGACGAAGUGCAACGACCUAAGUUCCCGAAGUCACACAGUCUUCACAAUCACCGUCCUCACAAAACGAACAACCGAGUCUGGCGAGGACUAUAUUAGCUCGGGGAAAUUGAACCUCGUCGAUCUGGCGGGUAGCGAGAACAUCGGGCGAAGUGGUGCAGAGAACAAGCGUGCGGCAGAAGCUGGUCUCAUCAACAAGAGUCUUCUCACCCUCGGCAGAGUCAUCAAUGCCCUGGUGGACAAAAGCUCGCAUAUCCCCUACAGGGAAUCUAAGCUCACGAGAUUACUGCAAGACUCACUUGGAGGCCGAACAAAAACAUGCAUUAUCGCCACUGUAUCCCCCGCGCGCAACAACCUCGAAGAAACCAUCUCUACUCUCGAUUACGCUUUCCGGGCGAAGAACAUCCGCAACAAACCACAGAUCAACUCUAUUGUAUCCAAAAACAAACUUCUCCGGGACAUUGGCAUGGAGAUAGAGAAACUCAAGAGUGAGCUCAUUGCUACCAGGCAUCGCAAUGGUGUCUACAUGACACCGGAUGCGUAUGAAGAGAUGACUAUGGAAAGCGAAUCAAGACGCAUUGUGAACGAGGAGCAACGCGCUAGGAUUGAGACUAUGGAGUCCAGUCUAAAACACAAAGUCUCGGAGUUACUUUCUAUCACCGGCAACUUCAAUUCACUGAAGCAUGACAAUGAGGAGACGCAGACCAAGCUCAAUGACACAAAAGAAGUUCUCAACGAAACUGAGAGAUUCUGGAAAGAAACUCAGGAGAAGCUUGAUGAAGAGAAGGCUGUACGCAAGGCCCACCAAAGUACAGAGAAGCAACUCCGUGAUAUUGGGGCUGGGCUCGUUUCAACUCUUGAUAGUACUGUUCAGGACGUGAAUGGGCUUCACGCCAAAUUGGACCGCAAAGACAGUCUGGAAACACAAAACCGUCAAACCUGGCAGACUUCAACGGGUGAGGUCUCGGACGUGACCCAACAAAUCGACGCUCGCAUGGAGAUUUUCCAAAGCCAGCAUGCCAGACUCUUGGAAGACAUGUCGGACAAAAUUCAUGAAUUCGUGGACCACGAGCUGAACACCGUGAAGUCCACUCGCUCAACACUCCAAGACCUCGGUGCAUCAUUCGAUAAGGUUGAGGCAGAGGCAAAGGGCAACACAUCUAGCGCCCACGAUGACAUGAACGAAGUCCUAGAGGAAAUCAAGGACCUUCGCGAAGAAGUCAAAUCGAAGGUUGGCGAAGGUCUGAAUGGAUUGUCAGCCGCUGCGGCUAGAAUCUCGAAAGAAGUGAUUGGAGAAUUUUCCGAGUUCCACGCCCAGCUUCAUACCUCGUACAGCACACUGGGCAAAGACUUCAAAUCUAUGUUUGAGAGCAUGGCAAAGCAUCUUGACGAGCAAAAGUCAGAAGUUAACAAGCUACGCCUGGAGCUGCAAGCAGCUAACCGCCAGACGGUUGAAGCUAACAGAAAGGCUUCCUCUAACCUCGCUCAAGUCUUGGAUGAGGAACAGGCGAACGCACAAGCCGAGCGUGACACUCUCAUGUCUCACAUCCGAGGACUUCUUGAAGACUCAACGAAACGUCAAAACAACCGCCUCAAAGGCAAAUUUGACACCCUUCGCAGCGACAUCUCAGCAUCGGGUGAUUCCCUUGAACACGCCACCGCACAGCACGAUAGACAUGUUGAUGAGUGGAUCUUCAAAGAGGAACAGUUCGCUAAAGAUAUUGCUGCAUCCAAGGAGGAGAUCAAGACUCGAAUGCAGAACGAUUGGGAGACCUUUGACCAGCGGAAUAUCUCAAUUCAUCGGGCAACUGAAUCCGUGCACCAGGAAACCGUACGCAUCGUGGACGCUCAAAUGAGUGACAUGGGCACACAAAUGGCAGCAUUGGAUGACUUUGUUGCCAAAGCCCGUUCUCAAAACGGUCGUUUCCAUCAAUCGCACCUUGGAAACCUGGAGGUGAUGGCGGAGAACGUCCGCGAAUCGCGCUCAAACAUUCAUGGCCAACUCGAUGGACUCACUGGGCGCGUCCAGCAACUCCAGGGAGAUGUGAACACACAUGCCGCAAACCUGGCGCAGACCAUGGCACCUCUCCACACCGAAGUUCGCCAGCCACUUAUAGAAAUGCGCUCCCAGAUCCAAUCCCGCCCCAUGAAGGAGUACGUCUCGACGGGCAUUACUCCCCAAAAGCGCCGUUACGAAUAUCCCUCCGAGCUACCCCAAACCGAGCCCCAUGAUGGUCUACGCUCUAGACAUCGUACAUCCAAACAAUUCACAGCUCUGCCAUUCAAUGAUGAAGAUCCGCAGGAAUCGCCGGCACCCAAUUCCCCACAAGUACCUUCGCCGCCGAAGAAGUUCGUUUAUCACGACACCCCGGAAGAGGUAGGCCACCCUCUUCCAUCAACUGCUGCAUCCUCCAACACCGGUCUUAGAGAAGUCGACCCAAACGUCGCCAGACCGGUCGCAUCUGAUUCCGAAGAAGGUUCCGACAAACCGGAAUCUCCAUUAGUGAUACCCCCAACUGAACUCGAGGAAACACCUGAAAAGGUCGAACCGGAACCGUCUUCCCGCAAGCGCCGCCGCUCUCACUCCACAGCUCCCCCGGAGAGCAAGCUUCCCAAAACUAUGCUCUCCAAAAAGAUGACUGGCGUGAUGGAGGGUCGAGAGAAUUUGCACUCCUCCGCGGUCCCUGGUCGACGUUUCAGAAAACGCUCUGAGCAGUCAUGA